AUGCGCGAUGUGAAAGGAGUGGUCCGAGCCGGGCAACACCUCCGUCAUGUCCAGCGCGAGGGGGCCGCUGUAGGUCCGCACCGCGUCCUCGGCAAGCCGCACGACGUGCAGCUCGUACGCGGCGACGGCGGUGGUGAGGGCGGGGUUAAUACUGCCGGUCGCCAAGCGAUCGCGGAAUUCGGCAAAAACGCCAACGUCGAGGGCCUCGGGCGGCUGCCCGUCGACGCCCAGGGCGUCCGCGCGGUGCCCGCGCUGCCAUUCCACCAGCCCGUACUCCUCCCCGAUCUCCACCAGGCGGAUUUGCAGGGGCGUGAUGGACUGGACGAACUGCGGCCGCGAGGAGUCGCCCCAGGCGCCGGGGAUCGGCUUGCCGUCCUCGCCCAGCACCUGCUCUCGGACCCGCACGGCGUAGCGCGUCCCGGGGGCGAGGUUGCUGAGCCGCUGCGAGGGCUGCGUCGUUUCGUAGACCCGCGCGCCGUCCACCAGCGGCUCCUCGCGCUCGUCGAAGGGCCGCUCCGUCCGCAGCGGGCGAAUCGAGACCUGAUAAUUGUGAAUCGCGGCGGCGGACGGGAAGCACACCAGCCCCGGCGCCUCCGCGUCGUAGCCCGGGCGCUGCCAGCUGAGGCUGAUGAAGUCCUCCCCGAUCGACUCCACCUGCGUCUCGAGCAGCGGAAAGGCGCUCACCGCCAGCGGCGCGCUCCAAUGGCCCCACUCCUCCUCGUUUUGCCGCCCCCGCACCGAGAUUAA